AUGCCUCCCAAACUGGCUCGCCCAUCCCAACUCCCGCAACAGUCCCUUCCGCCCACCGACUUGGGCGCUUACGGCGCGCCUUCGCCGAGCGUGCCGUCGGGCUCUUCCGCCGGCGCGUCAUCCAAGCCGCCUGUCCACAUCGCCGACCUGUGGGCGCAACUAGCAGCGGCGUCGCCAACGGGCGGAGGCCGCGCUCGCUCCACGCCAUCCGGGGUGCCGAAACGGCCGCUGUCUUUCAAGCAGCAGCUGCUCUUGGCAAGCAUGGGUUGUCACGGCGAGGACGUCCUGCGCGCUAACCACACAAAUGCAGAGUUCAACGUGCUCCUGGCCGAGGCCCGAAAGUACAGGGACGAGUUCCUGGAGCAGCACCACGUCAAGCCCGCCAGCACGUACUUGUACAACAUCACGGCGGCAAUACACGAAGGCGACAUGCCGGACCGUGCGACCGCGACGCAUGCGGAGGUCAUGCAGCUAUGGAUCGCGGCUGCCGGCAGCCUGCGAGCUGAUACCGCAAUAGAGCUUAUUUAUGACUACGGCAUGGACGCGGGCACCGUCCUCAAGACGGACCAGGACUUCGCGCGCUCGGUGCUGACGGCCGCGCAGCAGGCGCGAGCGUCGGGCGCCCUCCUGACCACAACCACGCCAGCCAAGCGAGCCGCAAGCAGCCCCGCCGAGCCAGAUUCCAGUGCCUCCCCCCGCACAGUGUAUGUCGGCCAGUCCCGGGACCCUCAACGUCGCUUCCAGGCUCAUGCCCGCAACCCACCCAGCCGGAUGAAGGAGGACGCCAGCCGCUACCAACCCUUCCAUGACCACUUCUCGCUCACGCGCCUCAUGUCCACCGCCAAUCCUGCACUGGCCCAACGGAUGGAGGCCUUCUACAUCGCGCAGUUCAAGGCUCGGGGGCCAGGCGGCUACAAUGUGCUGUGCGGGCCGCCUUCCGCCAGCCCGGCCUUCUACGCGAUGAGGCGGCAACGCGCGGGCAGCGCCCACACGCCCACCGCCGUCACAGCCCAAGACAAUGAUGAUGACGCCCCAGACACGCUCGCCUAGCCCACACAGCACCUGGACGCCACGCGCUUGACGGAUUGGGUCGCGCGAAUUCAGCGUUACGCUUCCCGACCUUGAGCAGUGCUGUUUCAUUAGGGCACGAUCACCCUUAGGCCUUCAUUCCCGGUGCAUACUUUUCCGACCUUAACUCGUGUGUGUACGGAAUCUGCUGCCCUUACGGACGGCAGCGCUUGGGAUGGUCUAUUGCGUGAGGUUUGAGGAUAGGGGGGGGCUCCUUGCGCUUCUCCGUAUGUCCGCUCUUCGAAUGCUCGGGGGCAAGUUGGCCGCGUGCAAAGCACCCAUCCUUUCCACUGUUCCGGCAUGGCCAUCCACGCGCAAUAAGGAUCUUUACUCUAGGACUUCUCCUUUGUUCCUCCUUCUCGGCACAGAAACGACGGAGGUGUCAUGUACGCGCGCUGUACCUGUGCUGCUGUUCUUUUCUUCGGGUUGUAGUUCCUGUGCUUCUGGCAAUCUCGCGCCCGCAACGACUGACUGCAAGUACAUUGCGCCGUGCGCCAAACGCCGUGUAAGACUCGUGUGCAACC